CUGGACGAAUUCUCAGAUGACGGCCUCGACGACCUCCCCGAUAACGCCCUUCAAGAGCUCGAGGACAAUGCUAUUCAACUCACGCAGGCUCAUGCAGCCUCAAAACCAUCGACGCAACGCCAGGGAAACGGAUCUCCAGAGGUCAUUUGGGUCGAGGACGAUGAUCUAGAUACGACUGAAGUGACCAAUGAUGCAGGCGUUCCCAUCGGAAGACCUGUCAUUGACAGCGCCCGGCAACAGCAGAUUCACUCGUCACAGAACCAGCUCAACCCCGAGUCUCGACGGUCGAUCCCGCCCCCCAACCCUCGAUGGAACCCGGCAAUUGAUCCUACGAAACGACGCCCAGUGGUGCAGACUCCCCCACGUCACCCGAGUGCAGGACCGCCCAGACAGCCUCUAUACACAUCGGACCAGUUCCAAACCCAGAGUUCCAACUUGCCUCCCCCUCAACACAGCCAAUUUGCCCGACCUCCUCUUCCUCAGAGCCGCCUUGGGCCCUCUCAACCUUCCCAGAGUCAACAUGGCGAUAUUCUGUCAGCGCUCCAGUUGCGAGUGCGGGCACUUGAGACCGAGCUCCAUGCUGCCCGCGGCGAGGUGUCCAUCAUACGAUCCAAUUCUGUGAAGGCGAAGCAGCAGCACGAUGCAGACAUGGCCCGGUUGAAAAGGCUCAACUCGGAGCAGCUGGCAGAAAAAGAACGGAUUGCCGAGGCAGCUGUUGCCGCCCAGCAAAGUGCCAAUACGGAGCUACAAUUCAUCCAACAAGACAUGAGAGAGGUUAGCAACCGAGCUCGUCAAAAAGAUGUCCCUGCGAAAGUUGGAUCAGGCGUCACAACCCCCCGAAAGGCGGCCAAAUCAUGGAAGAUGGCGGAUGGCUUUGAUGAAAUGGACAUUGUCUUGAGCCCCAGCAAAGGACAGGGAAGAAGCAGAAAUCCUGGCUCGGUGGCCUCCCAUGUGGGCGAACGAACGCCCAGCAAAGGCAAAAGGAAACGACCAACAGUUGACAGCCCAGUCAUGGCACUAGAGACUCAUACAGACAGUUUUGACAGCAGCACUAGCAAGCCCGAGCCCCCUGUACAGCAGGCCCCGAUUCUAAUUCGUCUCCAGUUCUUGCAACUUGUGCUAGAUCAUAGCACUCUACAUAACCAGCCGCCAACCUUUGACAUCCUGUCCCGCUUCUCCUUUGCCUCAGAUCCAGACACAUCCUUUUCAGCCAUCAUCUUCCAGAAGAUCCCUCUCAUGGGAAAUCCGCUACGACCCAUGCAACAGCUGGUGGACUUUGCAAACUUGAUGGUAGCAAUUUGGAACCGUUGUAUCGAGGAGCAGCUGUGGGAGCCUAUCAAGUAUCUGAUUGCUCUUAUAUCAUUCACUUUCUCACUUCACGCUACUGAGGUGGCUCCCCAUGUUAUACCAAACCUUGCUCCCUCAGUCCAUGCGACAAUUUGCAACCUAGCAACGUGGCGUAGCCGAUUUCCAGAGCAGGAACUGCUCAAGAAGGAACAAUAUCUCGCCAUGGAGGAACAUAUCAACAUAGUUGACGUUCUAUCUCUGCUCUACACCACGUCGCUUGCUUGUUCUACCGCUACGGACCCAGAGGAUCCAAGCCAGUCCCAGGCGGCGCUGUUCUGGCAAUGCAUGUCCCUCGAUCCCAUCUCUCUUCUCAUGGGGCCCAGGCAGAAAUUGGCUGAUAUGCUAGGAAUGCUGGAACUGCUUGCUGUGUCUUCCCUUCCCGACUCGAUUGGGCCUAUCACGGAUGAUCAAGACCCUCCACAUGUCGCUUAUUCCAUGAUCAACUUUGUCUCGGCCAAGCUUAAUGACUAUCCCCAGUCAGUCACAACCCGGGCUCAGAAGCAUAUCGUUCGCUUGGCGGCACUGAGGACGCUUCGGUCUUUUGCCCGAUAUCCUUUCGGUGCUAUUCAGCUUGCGUCUCACAAUCUCGCACUUCCUCGGCUGGUUACUUGCCUGAGUACCAGCAUUGACGAGCUGUACGACCAGCCAAUUCCGCCCACCAUUCUACCGCAGACCCCUCAAAAAUGCAGGACCCGCGAAGAUGUAGCGACUUCAACAAACAUCUAUCGGAUUAUCUCGCAAAGUGUUCUCCUGAUUCACGCUCUUGUGACGGGUCCUGAGACGGCCAAUAUUGCCGACUUUGGCCCAAAGCUCUCGGCAGCUUGCGGCGGAAGCCAGCGAUAUCUUCUCGCGCUUGGACGGCUCACAUUUGCGGAAGAGGAUUUGGUCUUGGAGGCCGGGAUUGAUGCAGAAACUGCCGAGGCGGCACACGAAUUGCUCGAAUUGGCGGUGACGCCUGACGAAGGAGAAGUGGUGAGCGAGGCAUUU